UCCCCCAGCGCGCGCAAAAGUUGAAACGCAGAUGGAGAGAAGAUCUGAUGAGGCUGGGACGUCGAGCUGCGAUCAAUGAGCCCAUGUGAACUUUUUUUUGGUCAAAGAUAUUAUGUCCGUUUAUCGCCCCAAGCGUGAGAAGUCAUCGACCAUGGAACACGUCAGCUUAAAAUGCCAGGUUUGCUGCUCUAUGUUUAGCGUGAUGUUUUCAUUUAAAAAACACAUGAGUUCUCCAGGACAUCUACAGAAAAUGAAAACCGUUUUUCCAGAAGAAAAGAUAGACAUCAUUGAAUAUUUACCUCACAUUGUUUUUGUUCCAAGAAAGAAACAUGAACACAAGCCUUUUGUGGGUCUGUCUCUGCUCACACUGUGUCUUGGCAAGUUGCACACAGCGUUUUACCUUUGCCACGCCUGUGAGGAAUACUGCGCACUUAAUCAAAUAAUGAGCCACGUCUAUUCCCAAGAGCAUUAUGUCAACUACUUUAAUUACACAAACCCAGAUGAACUUUGUUUCUCCUGGGUCCCCGGGACGAACAUGAAAAAGAUCCUGGCGUUAAAGUUUGAGCAGGAAGUGCAUAAAAAGGGACUUCAGUACCUGCAGGUUUUGCAUUUACCCAACGAAUUAAUCAAUAAGUGCUUUUCAAAAACCUACAUGGAAGUGAUGCAAACCCUAUGUGAAAACGCGGAGCUCGUUUUGCUGUUCAGUGCUUCUAAGCCUAAGCGGGUGACGGUCCGAGAUUAUCUAAACAACAGCAGCAGGAAGCAUCCACUCAUUGGAAUGCAGCACGUUAUCGAGUGCGUCUGUGUCGGUGCGGGUGAGAUGAGGCACUACCUCUGCACGCUCUGCUGCCUCACCAUAGCCAACCGUAUGAUCAUCAAUCACAUCCUGAGCUUUGAUCACAUUCACUGCUACUUCAAAGCAUGGCAUCCCUCUACGCUGAUGUCCAAAGAGUCCUACAGCCAGUACAGAUCCGUUGCUCCCUUGAUGCUUAACUUUAUAGAGCAGAUAAAGGAAAUGAAUGGGACUGAAAGUGCUUCCAUGAAGGAAGUGAGCCUGCAGCCUGAUGAGUACAAAACCAUGAACUUCACCUGUUACAACGAAGCUUUGAAAAAACUAGAAACCAUCACAAAGAGCAGCUUGACAACGAGCAUUACGCCGGGAAAGAAGUUAGAAUAUCACGAUUGGGCCUCACAGCUUCAGGCGUUCUCUAAAGUCCUCAAAGUCAAACUACGCUGCCAGAACUGCAGCAUGGUCUUUGAAACCAUAGGUGUUUAUAUGAAGCAUUUCUCACAGCUGCAACACCCGAAGAUGCUGGCGAAAUAUUUUCAUCAGGCUGAGAGACAGGAAUGUGCGGACCAAAUCGGGAAAUUCAAUCUUUACAUGUUCACGUACGUCUACAACACUUUGAGGAAGCAACAGCUGCCUCACGGAACCGACCUGGUUAUUGCAUGCGUCUCUUCUCACGUGAACGCUGAGCCCUUUUACGUGUGUUUUGCGUGUCAGGAGUCUUUUCCUCAGCCUUUCAUGAAGAUGCACUUCGAGUCUCGAAAACAUCUCAUAAACACUCUGAUGUACCAGAACCCGUGGCGGCUGCCUUUCGGCUGGAAGGACAACGAACUGGACGACGAUGAGCUGAGGUUGUUGGCGUGGAAGGAGGAGGAGGAAAUGGGACGGGAUCAGAUCAUUCUCAAGGUUCUUGAUAUUCCCUACGCUUUAUUCUGGACUCUGGAUUGUUGUGAUUACAAACAAGUGAUGCAUAAACUCCAGCUGUACCACACACUGUUGAGACGUGAAGUUCCACCGUGCAGAACCUUCAGUAAACUUCAGGGAAAUGAGAAGUUUCCUCUGCUUGGCAAACCCUUCAUGGUGGCUCAUGCUCUGAAAAUCAAGGGGAACGAACCCAAGGUUGGAGUUCUGUGUUUGCUCUGUGAACGGAGGCUUUCCAGCGACGAAAUCCAAGCUCAUGUGUUCAGUCGGGAACACGUCACAAGAUUCCUGAACAGUGUUCACCCGGGCUCACUGAACCCCAGCAUCGACAGUGAAGAGGCCUUUCUGGAUCUGGCUAAACAGGCUGCGUGUAUUCACCCUGUGUCAAACAUGCAGUACGUACAACUGGAAACUCCCAUACUGGAGCCAUGCAGCUACAGGGGAGCAAAGCUCUUAUUGCGGACUAUAAAAAUGAAAGAAGGUGCCAGAAGUCUCGAGCCACAGAUUAGGCCUAUGAUGAAGCUGGUUCCCAGGGUAGCUCAAAGAGAAGUGGAACAGAGCCGUGAGGAAGCGGGUCAAACAAACAGCGUAGACACUGACGAGCUAGAAACUAUGCUGCCAAAAACGGUGAAGAUUGAAGUAAAAGUCGAGGAGGCUUCAGAAAGCUGCAACAACACAGAGGAGCGCCCAAAUACGGAACACAGAACGACGUUGCAGCAUUGUAUUCAGCAGAAAAAUGAGAGAAAACGACCAAACGCCACGCCUGAAAAAUGUCCAAAUGAGCAUCUGGGACCAGAAAAGACCCCUAAAAGACCUCGACUCAUCUCCAGUGAUGACUCCACACCUAAAACACCCGCAGCGGUCCCAAAAAGUGCACCAAAGAAGGAAACCAGCAGGAUUUCUACAACAAUUAUCAAGUUGUGCUGCGUUGAGCGGGAUACAAUUGUUUUCUGUGGGAGCUGCUCUCUGAAGGUGGAAGGCGUCGGCCAUUUUACCGAGAUCAAACACCCAAAGAUGGAUCCAGUGGUCGUUAAUCUCAAGGAAAACAUGUACAAUGACAUUUCCAAUCAAAGCUUUCAGUCAGUCAUCCAAACGCUGCAGAUUCAGAUGUUACUGCCUUGGUCAGACGGCGGCUGUAGCCUUUGUUCUGCCUCACCUCCGUCUGCUGGUGGCGCCAUUACCUCGACACGUCACUGUGAAGACGAUAGGAAGGUGGUGGAUAUGGAGCUGUGCAACGAUUUAGAAGGUGAUGCCACAAUGCCAGACUCGUCUGCAAGGACUGAAACUUUGUGCAAAGCAUCUCAAGACCAAGAGUUCAAGCACCACAACCCUCGGGCUGGUUUAGUGCAACCUCAUCGGCACACUAUCUCAACAACCACAACCAGUUUGCCUCCUAAAGGCUCUGAAAUCGUUUCUCCAGACACGACCGUCGCAUCACUGAAAUUUGAAACAUCUCCUAGAAUAAAAGAAGAGGCACCCACUCCCUCUGUAGACGUGUGUAAAUCUGCACCUAAAGCGCCUAAACCCUCCUCCACCUGUGCUGCUACCGUCUCGGAUGCAUCACCCCAGUCUGCCUCCAUGACAAAUAAAAGUGCAUCCAAGGUGAAAUCGGCCUCUGGCGCUGCUGCUGCAAAUGUUGGCAGCAGAAAUGGUCCCAGAAGUGCGGAAGCAUCUAAAGGUUCAGCUGCAGCUUCCGUGCCUGCUGCUAACGUGGCUAAACCUGUUGAUGACUACCCCUCUGCUAAGACUUCUCAUGUGAACAAAUCAGAGGGAGAACAUGCAAAUGCGUACAAGAGGAACUCGCCUACGGCUCUUAGCCCAAAGGCCACCUUGCUUUCCAGCUCGGAACACAAGAACCGACACAAAGACCCCCCACACGUGUCUGCAACCAGCAAGACACCAGCCGGAAACCUCGCUAAAGUUGGGGUGGAUGAGCUGAUUGUUGUGACGUGCGAAGGAAAGCAGCAGGUCUACUGUCGGCUGUGUUCAGUGAAGUUAAACUCAUCCAGUCAGUAUCACCUGACCAGCAUUAACCACCAGCUUAAAUACGUGAAAACGAAGUUCCCCAAAUGGGUCGCAAAGGAGUCUGAACUGGAGGAGAAACUAAGCCAUACGGUGGCCCUGUUGGCCAAAAUUGAGAAAGGCUUGCCACAAAUUCCGAACCCUCAGAAAUUGGAAGUCAGUAAACAAGAGUACUUAAACCUGGGACGUCUGUCAGACAAGAAAGCUGUGGAGAAAGUGAUGGAGAUGGGCAAACUGAAGAAGUCGCAUGACUCGUGUCCCACCGCUGAUGCUUCAGGGCCUCUGAAGCCGGAAAUCUGCAGCCCAUGUGAAGUUUCGAGCUCCGACGACGGGAUGCUUGUUUCUCGUGAUGAGACGAUGAGAUGUGACCAGAAAAAGCAGGAGGAUAAAAACCAGCACCAGACAGCGGUGGUCCAGUUGUCAGAAAUGGAGUCCGGCGAGCUUGAAGAUCAAAAUCUGGCUGCGGGUGAUUCCAUCAGGGACCGGUUCUUAGAUGAUGAUGAUGAUGUGAUGGAGAUGUGCGUCACAAAACCCAUCUGUUCACCUGGCUUUCAUUCUGAGGACGUGACAGAAAUGUGCCCGGAGACGAUCGUACAGGAAAGUCCUGCAGAGGACCCGUUACUCAGACGCCACGUCGGUGAGGAGGCCUGGCGUCAGCAAAACCCCGUCCUGCAUUCUCAGACUAACGCUUUAACGGAAGCCGAGGUGGUGAGCGAUUCCCGCCGUUCGGAGCGUCGUUUUGCUCCUGAAAGACAACGAAGGAAGAGUGAUUCCUGUGGGCAGCAGGACCAAAGUCCACAAAAACGUUCACCUGUUCAGCGCUGCCGCCUGCAGCUGCACACCGCCGCGUCAACAUCAGAACAGCAGAACCCGUCGGGACCAAUCCGUAAAGCAGAAGCUGGCGAGCAGAGGGUGUCCCAGGCACAGACCACAACUUUAGUGGGAGGGAAAGCUCGAGGCUCCAGUUAUUUGUCCCAUUACCUAAAAGCCCUUAAGCUGGAAACCAAACACGUCAUCGGCAUGGCCUCUGUGUGGGAGUGUCGAGGAUUUGGAAAUUUGAAAACCUUUUUUCUGUGUGAAAGCUGUGAGAUGACGCUCUCUCGACAAGACAUCUGCCAGCACAUGGUCAGCCUCGACCACCAGCGGAAGUACCUGGGGAAGUACCACUCAGAGGUGAUGUACUGGCAGGAGUUGGAUGAUCUCCCCCAAAAGUUACAAAUGGACAUAUUUUUAAAUGACAUCAUCCAGCCAAUCGCAGAGCGGGAGUUAACUUUCAAGAUGGACGCUCAGUGUUUCGUGCUGAGUCCAGAGCUGCACAGACUUGUUUGGACUUCUCCGUUCGAUAAAGCUUUAAAGAUGGUGAAAGACCUGAAAGGCGAAGAGAACCCAAGUGUGCUCAGUCUACUGGCCUGUGCCUCCCGGCAGAACCGGCUGAGUGAGGACUCGCCGUCGGCUCAGACAGUUGAGAGGACCCAGUGUUUUGGGAGGAGGACCGGGCGUGGAGACAGAAGAGCCCAGAGUCUGGACGUGACCCCUUCCUGCUCUACAGUUGAUCCUGCCAACUCUCCUGGUUCCUUUUAAACCAGGAAAGGACCAGCUGAUGCGUCUCUUCUCAGAUUUUGCACCGACAACCCACUGGAACAGCUUUCAGUUCCCCACACCUGACCCAAUGAAUGUUAACGCUGAAUCUCUACCUCAGUUGCCCCUGCUGGGACUCACGAUCCUCACCAGCUGUGGACAACAAUGUUUGCAGGUCUCUAUGAUGAGACAAAGUCAUUUCAUGACGGCUUGCCUCUGAACGUUCUCAGAAGGAAAAGCAGGGUGUGAGAUCUGUUUAUGGAGGUUCUGGCUCUCCAGAUUUUAUUUUCCAGACUUGCAGCUUUAUACCAAAACUCCAUCUUCCCACCCAAGGUCUCUACUGGGGCAUUAUUUAGCAGCUCUAGUAUUACUCAGUUUUCUGUCAAACGCAUUAAUCCUAAAUAUUGACCAGUUCUAUAAACUUUAUUUGUGUUUUUAAGGCACAAAACUGCAUUCAGGUUAAAAUUGUUCUGAUUACACUUUGAGAAGAUGGAUGUUUUUAUUUUCUUUAAUCUGUUCUUGGCUGACGUGCAGCUAACUGGUUUCAGGUUUUGUAGCGUCUUUAUCAUUAAAAGCAUUAUGGUAUUUGUAUGCACAACAUUUGUUGAAUGUUAAAUAUAUAUGUAUGUAUAUUUUUCUAACUAUUAAAGUUUCAAAAAUGUA